AUGUCUUCUCCUUUGAUAACUGCCGAGGCUCUUCGAGCGGCCAAGCGUCGAAGGCUGGCGAAGGCGGGCACGGGCUCCUCGUCACUGGGAGCAGCCACGGGAUCCCCCGUGGUGAAGCUCGAGGCCGACCCUUCCCUCGACGGGGGAAGACAGCCUCCAAUCUUGCCGGCUCCUAAAGUAGAGCCGAAGGAGGCGAAGGCCGAGGAGUCGGCCUUGAUCAAAGUCGAGGACCUUCCUGCCUCCUCGUCUCCUGCUACCUCGAGUGUCGUUGCGGUUGCGGUUGCGACAGCCUCGAACAAGAAGAAGCCCCUGCUUGAGGAGGCCAUGAGAUUACCAUUCUCAGCUCUGUCGAGGGUCGAGAUGGCUGCACGCUUCGACAAGGCUUCGGAGCAUUUGGUGACGGAGCUGGAAAAAAAAGCGUGUCUGUCGCCUGAUGGUCAAGAGCUAUCGAUCAGGGUGCUGGCCCUGGCUCGAAGGUCUGUUCCCGGAAUAUCCUCCGGGACUGCUUCUGGGGAGAUGUCUUGGGAUGAGAGGCAGACUCUCGUCUCCCGCCUGCGCCUAGCCGAGAUGCGACUUUCAGAGUCUGAGGAUUCGAUGGCUAAGUCUCUUAAGGCCUUCGAGGAGAAGAAGGCGGAGCUGGACAAGAGGCAUAGGGCUGUAGCCAAGGACUGCAAGAGGGCUGAGGAGAAAAUCGAGAAAACUCGAAAGAGUGCUGAGGAGGCCAUUGCCAAGGCUCGAGAGUGCCGGGAGGCCGUGGUCCUCGCCUGGAAGGAGUCUGAGGAGGGGAAGACCUUCCUCGAAAAUGCCUCCCUGCAAGCCUCCGAGAUUGGUCAAGCUGAAGCUCUCCGCAAGGUGCGGUUUGUUCUCGAGAAGCUUGCCCCAAGUUUUCCUUGGAGCGAAGUUGAGGAGGGUGUCAAGGCGCUUUCCCAAGAGGAAGGGCCGAUCGAGGACCAAGCUCCUCCUUCGGCCAAUCUCGAGGGGUAA